GUAUACUACACGCCUCCGUGCAGUCUGUCAAAUUACCGGGAAUAGAAAUAGAGAAGGGCUCUGUCUGCGCGGUUGUGACGGAAUUUAUCAACGUGACCACUAAAGACGAAUGAGGGUUAAUUCAGGCCGAAUAAGCAUACUUAAACAAAAAUGAGAUACCUACCAUCAGUGCAGUCACACUGAGAAAAUAAACGAUUUGGAGAAAAGACACUGUCAGUGCUGUCAGUGUAGCUAGUUAGCUAGCUGAGUCGAUUGCGUGAGACGACACAGUGAGGAAGCAGUUUACGUGACAUCUAGAGGAGAUACAGUAGGUGAAGCUAGCUAGCCAUACAACUCCGGUUGUGUUAUCCUGUCCGAACUCAUUGGCAGAUAAUUUUCGUUGGUUGAAGAGUGAGGAUGGACUUUCUUGCUGGCUGCAUUGGAGGUGCUGCUGGAGUCUUGGUUGGACAUCCUUUUGACACUGUGAAGAAUAAGUCUUACUGUGUUUGUAGAUAAGGGAUAAACUACCUCUUCCCAGCCAUAAACAGUAGUCAGGCUCCAGGUCCAGAAUGUGGACAAGCCCCUGUAUCGCGGGACCAUUCAUUGUUUUCAGUCCAUCAUACGGCAGGAAUCAAUGUUUGGUCUCUACAAAGGCAUCGGCUCCCCCAUGAUGGGCCUGACCUUCAUCAACGCCAUCGUGUUUGGUGUGCAGGGCAACGCCAUGCGCCAGCUGGGCAACGACACGCCCAUGAACCAGUUCAUGGCCGGGGCAGCGGCGGGGACCAUCCAGUGUGUGAUCUGCUGCCCCAUGGAGCUGGCCAAGACUCGCAUGCAGAUGCAGGGCACAGGAGAGAAGAAGUCCAAGAGGAAGCUUUAUAAGAACUCCCUGGACUGCUUGGUCCGCAUCUACAAACGCGAGGGCCUGCUGGGGGUGAACCGCGGCAUGGUGACCACCCUGCUCCGCGAGACACCAGGCUUUGGUGUUUACUUCCUGGCAUACGACGUCCUGACCCGCUCCCUGGGCUUUGAGCAGAACGACCCCUACAUGAUCCCCAAACUGCUGUUCGCAGGCGGCAUGUCCGGCAUCGCUUCCUGGCUCUCCACCUAUCCGGUGGACGUGAUCAAGUCCCGUCUCCAGGCCGACGGUGUGGGUGGGGUGUACCAGUACAGCGGCAUCGCUGACUGCGUGCGGCAGAGCGUGAAGAAGGAGGGUUUGGGGGUGUUCACGCGAGGGCUCACUUCCACGCUUCUCAGGGCCUUCCCUGUCAACGCGGCCACCUUCGCCACGGUAACACUGGUGCUCAUGUACGCCCGCGGGGUGGAGGAGGGGCCUAAGGACUGUGAGGCGGCGCCGGCCGCCCCCCACCACACACAGCUACAGCAGCAGGCUCAGGCCUCCAGCCUGUGACCCCCGGAACGCACGCUGUGACCCUGUGAUGCUGUCUUCCUCUCCUCGUUCUACUCCAGGCUGGUGGUUUCCAAAAAAAAAGAUCUGAACCCCUCUGUUGGUUUGGAUUUGUGGUCACGUGAUUGGUCACGGAAGUAGUUACUAAAAUAUUCAGAUCAAUAGUUGAAAGCUAGAAAAUAGUUGGAAAGCAUUGGUCUAGACAUGUUACUGAGCCUCAUGAUUGGUUGUGGUGAGGGGAGGAAUCGUAAUCUUUUGAUUCCCAAGUUUUCUGUGUAUGUACUACAGUAUAUACCAUUGUUAAUGUACAUAUACACAUAUAUAAUUAUGCAGUGUGACACUGCAGAUGUACAUAUUUUUAUUUUGGCAGUUAAUUUCAUGUGGUGUUUCAAAGAAACACUUUUCCAGCCUUAUGUUGUAAACAGUUUAACUGGCAAAAAGAAGCAAAGCACUGUUAUCUUCUUGAGCUAAAAGAGUGAAACUGUAAGUGUAGGACAGAGGUUUAACCCAAAGCUUGUCCAUGCUAAAUCACAUGCUGCUAGCUUUGAUACCAAACCAAAUAAAACUGAGGUCACGUUUAGGUAUUUUCAUGGCACGGUCAUGUUUGUGGUAAAGUGCAAACUUUGUUGCUGUUUUGAUUGAGAUGUGGGCGGUAUUAUGACCUGUAGGAAAGAGUAUCUCUGUGCAGCUCUGUGCUAUUCUUGUGGCAACUAACCUUAUUGAUAAUCAUUUCGCCUCUUAAGCACUGAAAGGGUUAAAACGAAAGCACUUAUUCAGGUCACAAUUUAUUGUGGAUUAGGAUCUACUGCAGCAAGAAGAAAGGCAACCUUGAUGGAAAAUGAAAAGCAGAAUGUGAAGUUUUCUGCGAAUAACAGUUAUAAUGUCAGAUUAGUGUGCUUUGUAUUCAGGGUGAUACUUUUGUUAUAUCUAGUCAUGUUGGUCUCUGUUUUAAAUCUGUUUUUUGGUGUAAGCUAUUUAAUAUCGUUUUAAAAGAUUGGCCUGGCUAAUGGGCAUUGUAAAUACAGAAAAUGCACACACAAAAAAAACAUGCAUGUGUAGUCAUUGUAUGCUAUUUGUUUGUCCAUAAUUGUUUCAUGAACAGAUAACCCAUUGGUUCUCCUUUCAGAGAACACCCCAAGGGUCACUUCACUAGUAGCCCUGGUUGUCCAUGACCUAUGCUUUUUCCACUGGAAAGAAGCUUGUAUAGUUUCAGUACGAGGUUAUCGAGAACUAUAGAACUACUGGCAGCAUGUCAACAAUACAUAGUGGCACAAGUGCUCCACAGCACUUAAAUUAACUGUAAGCUGGAGGAAUUCCCCACACUGGAGUCAAUAAGCAGCUACUUAAAUAACGUCAACAAUAGCUGGUUUAGCAAAUCAUUCGUCUGUGUGUGGAUGGGAAGAGGAGAGGUGCACUGUAAAACACUGAUCUAUCUUGUUGAAUGUAAAACAAUUGUACUUUCACUCUCCCCAUAACUGUGUCUGGCUACUCUGAGGGAAAACAAACAUGGCUGCUACUCUAAUAUGUAUUUGACUGGAUGUUCCAAGGGGAAGCAUUUGCUACUGAGUUAUGGUGCACAUGACCCUUGACUGUGUGUUGAAUUGAGGUAAUCUAUCACAAACAAUUAGUUUUGUGCGAGUUGUAUUUGCAAGGGAUAAUCGUUAAUGUUUGUCCUGUUUAUAUAAUUUUUAUGUUUGACUUUUUAUUUAUGUUUUCAUCUCAUAUUCUGUCAGUCAAUGUCCACAACAAAGAUGAAAGGGAUUGUUAGUUUAGCAAAUCAUGUGGACCCUAUUGUGACUUGGAGGUUAUAUGCAAUAUGUAAAGAAUGUUACCCAACAUUUGUGAUAUCGAAGGGAAUGUUUUAAAGUGGGUGGAAUGUGUAAAUAUAUAGACAUAUUUUUCUCUAUUAGUUGUGGUGUCCUGAACAUAUUGGUUUUGAACAGUUAAAAAAAGAUCUCAUGCUAUUUUUGUAACAAACUGUUAAGAAAAUAAAGAUGGCAAAC